UUACGGGACAUAAAGCGGUAUAUUACCACCCAUGAUGAAGCGGGUCGAUCAGUGUUCGCCAAAUCUCUAGAUGACAAUCCUCCUGCAGCUGUGAACCCAACGCCAGCGAGUCUUUUUCUCUGUUAUGCCACACAAAAUUUUCCAGUGGAGAUCCAGCAGGAAAAGGAUAUAGAACGGUACAAACAGUUUAUCAAGAAUCCACCUGGAAUUAUCGUACCGGGAGGCUCCGCAGCGCGUAUCGUCGACUUUCCGCCGAGCUACACAUCAGCAAUGCAUCGCACUGUUAGCGUCAACUACAAUUUUGUUAUAGAGGGAGAAAUAGAGAUUAUUCUAGAUUCGGAGCAAACGAGGUUGAUGAAACCUGGAGACGUGUUAGUACAGCGGGCGAUAAACCAUUAUUGGCGAAAUCCUAGUAGUACCAAGUGGGCUAGAAUAGCAGCAGUC